GUUCUUGAGCUGUAGAAUGCCAAUUGAAUAGACUAUGGAAAUGAUUCUAGCCAAUUACACGCAAACUAAACCAACAAUUGUUUGGUGAAAAAUCAUCCACUGUAAACAUAAGAAUCUAAACAAAAAAUAGCAUAAAGAAGAAGAAAUUGGAGGAUCUGGACCGAAGUCCAGACCCCCAAACGGUCGUACCCUCUCUGGUUUGUCACCGCGGUGCUGGUGUGUUCUUCAUCCCCCUUCUCCUCGUUGCGGCUGCUGCUUUUUUAUAGGGCUGUUUUUUCAGUGAAUUAGGAUUCAAGAUUGAAUCGGGGUCUUCUCUACUCUAUCACCGAUAGAAACAAAGGAUGAGUCUCAAGCUCCUUGCGCUGGAAACUCGUGCGAUAAGGCUGCAUGUUGGGCUGUAAUUGAGAUCUUCCCUUUGAGUCCUAAUCCUCUUCGCUGCCGAUUUUGUCCUCCGCGGGUAUACACGAAGGAAUCUCAGGGAGAGAAAUGCAAUCCAAACUAGCCAGUGGGGGCCUAACAAAAGAGCAGUCAGAUGCCUUCUUGAUACUCUAUAAGGUUUUACUGAUUAUACAAAGCAAUGGAGGAAGCUGCACUUCAGACUCAUUUGACUUCCCGUCAACAUCUCCGGCCAUCGUGGUGGUUCUACGUUUGGAUUCCCUAAGAUUUGUUCAUGAAGUGGAGUACACUUUCAGAUUGUUUAAAUAUCAUCCUCCCUACAAAUAAAUUCAAACAAAGACACUAUCUUCUGGUUCAGAUUGGGCAGGGCAGAGAUGAAGCUAAAAGCUAAGGUUUUUGUCUAGAUGGUUAUUGGAGCAUAAAAACUUAUUGGCUGCCGUGAUAUGAUUUAUCUCUUUUAAUGAAGGAUUUUUGCUUUA